GUCAUGUGAUCCUCGCCGUCGUUCCGUGUCGUCGAUCGGCAGCCAAAGUUUUGUCAACUCCGAACUUCUUAACUUUCCUCCCCCGUCGGACCCCCGGUGUCGGCAGCAUGGCGACGCUGAGCUUCGUGAUCACCGCCUCCGUGAUGACCCUGUUCUGGGGAAUCGUCGGCGGAGUCGUGCCGUGGUUCAUCCCCAAAGGACCGAACCGAGGAGUGACUGUCACUAUGCUGGUGUUGACUGCAGUCUGCUGCUACCUCUUCUGGUUGAUCGCUAUUCUGGCUCAGUUCAACCCACUGUUUGGGCCGUCUCUAUCCAACGAGACCAUCUGGUACCUGAGGUAUCACUGGUCUUAAUGUUCCAUCCCAGGAUUCCUAAUCUUGCAGUUUCUUUCACCAGCGGAUACCAAUGGACGUCAAUGAGUGCAGAGAUUAUUCCCUCCAAACCGCCUUAAAGCUCAGAUCCUUGCUUGAGUCUGAGUGAUUCCUGGAAUGGUGCCUUGUACAAAUAUUUCACCAACUCCCAAAGGACUUAAGUAUCUCACCUGAUGUGUUCUUAAUUUAAAAUGAACCAGCCUCCACUUGUCGUGUCCUGGUCUGUGUAUUGUGUAAAUUGUGGUUAAUGUUAUUGUUGAUGUGUGAAAGAUGUUUUAGGUGAGAUUGUGUAUGUGUGAGGCCUGUCAAGAGUGCUUGUCUAUGUGUGAUGGAUGAACGUAAUCUAUGUGAUGGGUACAAAAUAAAAUAUUCAUCAACUCCAUGA